ACUAUGUUAAGAUUUCUAAACUUUAUUCUGAUUCUGGUUGCACCAGCAGUACUUUCAAAUAACAAGAAGAAAGUAAAGUACGAGUCUGAUUCUCAGGAUAAAAGAGAAGUGUUGGUUCGGUUAGAUCAUCAUAUUCAACAACUUUUUGAGGAGCUGCCAUCAAUCAUUGAGAAAACAAGAUCGGAAAAGGAUCUAGAGGGAAGGCGGAAGAAUUUUGAGUACGGUACUGCAGCCACGGGUAUCAUGCUAGGCAGACUAAUCAGGGUUGGAGCAUUAUUUCUGGGAGGAACUACAUUCACAAACGGAGUAUUCCUGGAUACACUAGGAGACACACUUACAGUGGCAGGGUAUGCUGGAGCCAGGUAUAUAAAGGUAGAUACGGAACUGUUAAUGCAAAACAAGAAGAACUCCUGUACACUGUAAAGUGCAGUAUUUUAGUUGCAUUAAUGUCAUUCUAGAAUCAAAUUAUCUUAAAACAAAAUUUUGUUCUUAUGGUUAACAUGUGCAGUGGAGGAAUUGAAACUAUGUGGUUAAAAUAAGAAGAUUUUUUAUGCAAAAAUAUAUUUUUCAAAGAGUGAGCUGUCCUAUGUAAGAUU